AUGUGCCUCACAGGGAUAUUCCGCAAGGUCUUCCAGGUAUGUCCUGGCGUUCUCUCUCCGCCCGUCUUGCCGACCUCCGUAUCUCCUCAAACUCGUGCUGAUUGUGUGGCGCGGCACUCACAGGGCUUCAACAUCCUUAUGCUCGCCGUCCUCGCCGGCAGUACCUUCUACUACCUCUGGCCGAGCAUCAAAGCCCAGCAGUGGCCUACAGACGGCGUAUCUAUCGCUCAGUACAUCGGCGGAGCGAGUUCGUUGGUUGCGCUGGUCGUUGGACUCGUCUUUUGCGCUUGUUCGGGCCCCGAGAUUGGCGGGUUGGGUAUCCUCCUCGCCGUCAUCGAAGCCGGCUCGUACGGCUACUGGGCCGCGAAAGAGGACGUGACCAAGCUCUGGUGCGUCCCGCUUCACCUUCCUGGUCCUCCCCGAUCUCUGACUAGCGCGUUCCCCCUCAGCUCAAGCGCUGCAGGGGCAGUUGGCGAGGUGCCGAACUCGGGCGCUGUCACCAAGCUCAUCAACUGUAGUUGGGGACAGAUCAAGACCGCCAUCAUUGCCUUCCUCGUCAUCUCGUGCAUCCUCCAGCUCUCCGUAUCCGUCCUUGCGAUCGGCUGCAUGUCCGGCGGGACUUCACAGAGUCUCGGCAAGGCGACGGGCUAUCACCACAUUGCGCAUAGCUUGCCGAAGAUGCGGUUCGGGCGCCAGCAGGCUAGGUGGAAGGGAAAGGGACGCGCGAUGGAUGGAGACGACGAGGAGGCGGGGCUGCCUUUGCGCGAGGAGGGCAUUGAGAAGCGAGGUGGGCGUGAUGCGGAGCUUUCGAGCAGUGAUUCGGAGGACUCGUACCACGAGGAUGACGAGAAGCGGGCCGGGACGAGCGGGAGGAGGGGAAAGCGGGCGAGCGUCGCAGUCUGA